AUGAUGCUCUCAGCGAUGUAUCCUCCUCUAUGUGAUAUCCCCCCUUCUAUCCUUGUUGACGACGCCUCCCUCAACCCCUUCCUCCUCCUCCCCAUCGACCCCGUCGACAUCCACGACGACCCCUCAGGCUCCGCUAGCCCUGACGCCCUCCUUCCCUCCAUCACUCUUUCAAGCCCCGACGACCCCUCCCUCGACGUCAUCCCGCCUCUCCCCGACGACACUGCCCCCGCAGACGCCUGCCGGGGCCAGGAGACCAGCCGCUGGGACGCGGCGGCGCGGAGCAAGCACAGCUCGGCGUGCAGGGGCAGGAGCCGGCUGACCGUGCAGGAGAAGCUCGACAUCGUCUGCCUCUACUACUUGGCGCCAGUGUCUCCAACGGGGAAACGGUCUAUGCAGCAGCAGGACUUAUCGCGAAGGUACGGCAAGAGCCGUGCGGCGAUCAGCAAGGUGCUGAGGCCGGAGUACGCGAGGGGGGUCAUGACGGCGGGUCAAGGGCUCAAGGCGAGCAGGCGGGCGACGGUGCUGAGGAGCAUCGCGGAGGAGGAGCGGGGGAGGCUGCUUGCGCUAGGGAGGAGUGGAGAAGGUGUUGCGUGA